CCGACAAGCAGGUGUCCUUACCAAAAUGCCAAAGAAGUCAGAGGGUCUUGUUCAUGGUGAUCGCUUUUGGGGGAACACGGGGAGGGGGCCAGUCUCAUGUUUCUGGAGCAGAGGGCCCAGGUAAAUUUAGUAGGGUGCACUUGCAGUUUGUACUCAGAAUCUUGAGGAGACUGCAGAGUGAGGACGGCACUUUCUGGGCUGGACAGAACUUGGAAGGUUUAGGCCUCAACACAGGAUGGAAUUAUGACAACAGAAGAGGAAGGUGAAGAGCUGGAGGAGGCUGUUGAGCAUGAUGCUACCGAAACCACAUGGAGCUGGACCCGUCAGACCAUGAACUACGUGGGCCAGCUGGCGGGUCAAGUCUUCGUCCAGGUGAAGGAGCUGUACCGGGGCCUCAAUCCGGCCACUCUGUCGGGCUGCAUUGACGUCAUUGUGGUGCGACAGCCCGAUGGCUCCCUGCAGUGUUCGCCUUUCCACGUCCGCUUUGGCAAGAUGGGUGUCCUCCGAUCCAGAGAGAAAGUGGUGGACAUGGAGAUCAAUGGAGAGAAUGUGGAUUUACAUAUGAAGCUUGGGGACAACGGAGAGGCUUUCUUUGUGCAAGAAAUGGAAAAUGAUCAGAGGCCUGGCUCCAGAAUACCCGCGACCCCAGAAGUGGUUCCCUCCUACCUGGCCACUUCUCCCAUUCUGUCGGAUGGCUUGGUUCUGAUGAGCUCCGCUCUGAUGGCGAAGACUUCCGGGCCUCCUGUGCAGACCUUGGGCUCCACGGGGAGCGGCGGAGAGCCAGGCAUGACAGCGGCGACAAUGAUGAUGAAGAAGAGAAGGAAGAGGAGGAGGAAAGCCAGGGUGGACAGCUUAAAGAGGGAGGAGAGCGGCGACUACUCUGAGGACGAGGACAUGUUCACCAUUGACAUCAGCUCUGAUGAGGAGAUGGAGAGCAACAGGGUCUCGCCCAAUGUCUCGGAAACCGGGCCAUCAGCUGGUUCUUUCAAACAGUCUGGCGUCUAUGCUCGCUCCGAUGGCGAUUGGAGUCCCGUCCAAAGCCCGGGAAGCUCCCGUCCCACCUCCCCGAAAAGCGACUCGGAGCUCAUGAUGAAGCCGUCCAACGCAACCAAUCAGGAUGCGGCUAUGCACUGGGCGUGGGGAGAGCUGCCCCAGGCUGCUACUCCGUCCUUCCUCUCAAUGAAACCCGAGUCGCCGCCUGUUUGUCCCGUGUCCAUCCCCGUAUCGGAGAGCACUCACUUUAGAGUGAUUACCCAGGAGGAGGGCAUGGCGGCAACCAGUGAGGACGCUGUGAUGAUGGAGACUGAACCCAUAACUGCAGAACCUCAGGGGAGCAUGGCACCCCGUAUGAUGUCAGAGAUGGAGGAGACAGUAUCCCGGCCUCCAGGAAAGACUGACUCUCCAUCUAAGAAAAAAGACAAAAGGAGUCGUCAUCUCGGCACUGAUGGAGUCUACCUUGAUGACAUCACAGAUCUGGAGCCUGAAGUGGCCGCCUUGUAUUUCCCAAAGAGUGAUGGAGGUGCGACGGUAAGGAGCAUCUCAGACCCAGGCCUCCACAGCACUAGUCUCUCGCCGCAGUCGCUCAGCUCGGGAGGAGACAGCGGCGUGGACAGCUACAGCGACCCAGGGAGCGACCUGCCGUCCAUCGCCAUCUCGCUGUGCGGCGGCCUUAGCGACAACAAAGAGAUCACCAAAGAGCAGUUCUGCGAGAAGAUCAUCUCGUACCAGCAGUUUGUGCAGAACCCCUCCGUCAUCGAUGACCCCAACCUGGUGGUGAAGAUUGGCUCAAAAUACUAUAAUUGGAGCACUGCCGCUCCCAUCAUGCUGGCCAUGCAAGCUUUUCAGAAGCCACUGCCGAAGACUGCGGUGGAGAACAUCAUGAAGGAGAAGAUGCCCAAGAAAGGAGGGAGGUGGUGGUUCUCCUGGAGGGGCCGCAACAACAGCAGCAAAUCGGAUUCCGUCUCUGCCCGUGGGGACUGUGGGUCGGCUGAUGUUGGAAUGUUGGGAAGCAGCAGACUUAAAGAAGAGUCCUCCUCCAGUGAUGAGGAGCACAGAGAGGCCAAGCAGACAUCUCCAAGUCUCCUAUCAGAACCCGGCCUCACCACAGGAACCGUGUCGUAUAAGAAAACACUCCGACUCACAUCCGAACAGCUGAUGUCGCUCCAGCUGCAGGAUGGUCCUAACGAUGUGGUGUUCAGUGUGACCACUCAGUACCAGGGAACGUGUCGCUGUCAGGGAACCAUCUACCUCUGGAACUGGGAUGACAAGAUCAUUAUUUCCGACAUCGACGGAACCAUAACCAGGUCGGACACUCUGGGUCAUAUCUUGCCUACCCUGGGUAAAGACUGGACGCACCAGGGUAUUGCUCAGCUCUACCAUAAAGUCAGCCAGAACGGCUACAAGUUCCUGUACUGUUCAGCUCGAGCUAUCGGCAUGGCGGACAUGACGCGGGGCUACCUGCAUUGGGUCAAUGAGAGGGGCACCAUGCUUCCCGUUGGGCCGGUGCUUCUCAGCCCCAGCAGCCUCUUUUCGGCCCUGCACAGGGAGGUGAUUGAGAAGAAGCCUGAGAAGUUCAAGGUGGAGUGUCUGACUGAUAUCAAGAACCUCUUCUACCCCAACACCCAGCCUUUCUACGCCGCCUUUGGCAACAGGCCCACGGAUGUGUUCUCCUAUAAAGAAGUUGGCGUACCGCUGAACAGGAUCUUCACGGUGAACCCCAAAGGAGAGCUGGUGCAGGAACAUGCCAAGACCAACAUCUCAUCAUAUGUGCGUCUGUGCGAGGUGGUGGACCACGUGUUCCCCCUAAAGAUGCGAGCCUCGUCCUCGGAUUUCCCCUGCUCGGACACCUUCAGCCACUUCACCUACUGGAGGGAGCAGCUUCCCCUAGUGGACCGUCAGGGCACUACACCUCCAUCUACCCCCAUCCCCGGCAGUUGACAAUCAUGCAAGAGCACUUUUCAACACAAUAUGCCUGUCUGAGUGGACGUAUGAGUAAUAAUUUAUUCAGGGCAGCUUCAUUAAGCACAUAUUUUGAUCUGAAUUAGUGAGCCUUUUUUUUAGUAGAGGAGAUGAACUUGGUGCCAAAUAUAUCCGUUUAUUUUCAGGAAAUAUAUGUAUGCAUAUGCAAGUAGGCAAGUAUGUGUGUGAAGUAAUAAUUAUUACGCAACAGAACAAUGUCAGGAUAAUGUGAAGCACAUUUCUAAAAAGUGACUAUUUAUUGUAGGGAGCUAGAGCAACUCUUUAAAAUAUGCAUAUUGUUUUUCAAUAUGAGGUGGCAUCAAAUGCCUUUUCAUGUUACUUAUCUGGACCGAAUUCACCUCAGUCGUCUAGUGUGUGACUGUUUCAAAACACACACAAAAAAACUGCGUUCAUCAAUCCGAAACACAUUGCAAAGUGUUUCUAAAUGAGAUUUUUUGUAGCCUAUGCUGCUAUCAUUAGAAUCUGUAAGAUGAUGAUGUGUACAUAUAGUAUUCAUAUGCUUUAAAAUGUUUAUUAUUCUUUCUGUGAAAGAGUUUAUUUGGACUGAAGUUGUUCAUCAUAUACAGUAUCAGCGUUGACUGUGACUAUUACAGUAUCAUUUUUAGUGUAGACCAAAUAAAUUGUCAAA